AUGGUUCGAGAUAAGAAGCUUUAUGACAUCCUUGAAGUUCCUCCGACAGCAACUGAAGCCGAGUUGAAAAAGGCAUACAGACGGCUAGCCUUGGCCAACCAUCCAGACAAAAAUCCAAAUGCUGGAGACAAAUUUAAAGAGAUUUCACAUGCUUACGAAGUGCUGUCUAAUUCCCAAAAGCGAAAAGUAUAUGAUGCUUACGGCGAGGAAGGUCUCAACGGCGAUGCCGGUGCUGGAGGUAUGGGCGGUGUUUCGCCUGAGGACCUCUUUUCCCAAUUCUUUGGUGGCGCUUUUGGAGGCGGUGGCUUCUUUGGUGGUGCCGGUGGUUCGGGAUCCUCAGCUGGGUCCUCAGGACCUCGCCGAGGUAAAGAUGUCAAACAUGCUUUAAAGGUUUCUCUGGAGGAUCUUUAUUGUGGUAAGGUCUCCAAAUUGGCUCUGCGCAAAUCUGUCAUGUGUGACAAAUGCAAUGGCCGCGGAGGCAAAGAUGGAACGUCUCUUCAAAAAUGUACGUCUUGCUCAGGCUCUGGGGUUAGAGUUACCAUCCGACAGAUGGGAAUGAUGAUCCAGCAAAUGCAGACGACUUGCCCCGAUUGUGAAGGCGAGGGCGAGCUUCUUCCGGCAAAAGACCGCUGCAAAGGCUGCUCAGGCAAGCGGACUGUGGAAGAAAAAAAGGUACUAGAAGUUCACGUGGAUCGCGGAAUGUUGGACGGCCAAGAGAUCCGAUUCUCUGGCGAAGGCGACCAAGGCCCGAAUAUUAUUCCUGGCGAUGUGAUCAUUGUGCUGGAAGAAAAACCGCACGACCUUUUCAAAAGAAAGCAAUCUGAUCUUUUCUGUAAAGUCCAGAUCGACCUACUUACAGCUCUUGCAGGAGGCACUGCUGAUUUAACCCACCUUGAUGGCCGUAUCAUUCGGAUUUCCAUUCUGCCUGGAGAGUUGAUCAAGCCAGACCAAUUGAAGCAGGUUACGGGCGAGGGCAUGCCCACGUACAGACGACCAUAUGACAAGGGGCACCUUUUUGUUCAGUUUGACGUGCAAUUUCCAGAUUCCUCCACUUGGGCCACCAAGCUGACGCCGGAGAAAAUAUCAAUGCUUGAAAAUGUGCUGCCAGCAAGGAGAGCCUUACCGACACAUGGUGCUUCCGCUACAAUUGAAGAGGUCGUGCUUGCAGAGCCGGAUCUGAGACGGGCAGAUCGCAACUCUGCCUCGCAAGACGACGAUGACCACCAGGGCGGCCACCACCGCGGUGCAGGCAUCCAAUGUGCCAAUCAGUAG